UGGGAAUGGGCGAGGGGAUUGCAGAUACGCCCAAAGAUAAGAAAAGCAGAUAAGGCUCCCUCCCUGUACUAAAACCUUUGUUCUCUAGUUCACGCUCCUCACACUGCUGUCUUCCUCUUCCUCCUCCUCCAUGGUUCUUUCCUGCACCUGACACCCACAAACGUAACUCUUAUCUCCCAGAAGAAGAUGUUGAGUGCAUUAUCCCUUGCUGCUGCUGCUGCUGCUUCUUUUACUCCCAACAAGCCCAUCACCCCGAUUCAUCAUCCCCGCAACUCCAUCUACCAUUCCUCCCCCAAACUAUCUCUACCCUCUCUUCCACCGCAUCUUCGAUUUCCCACCACCACUUCCGUCAAGUCCCCCGUCGUCUCUGCCGUCGCCGUCGACUCCAGCCAACAGCAGCCCACUUCCUCCUCUUCCGACGGCAAGGGGACUAGCCAAGAGGCAGGGAGUGGGAGGAAGAGGUACUAUUUCGUGGUGGCGAAUGCGAAGUUCAUGCUGGACGAGGAAGAGCACUUCCAGGAGCAGCUGUUCGAGCGCCGCCGCUACUACGGCGAGCGUGAAAAGGAGCUUGAUUUUUGGCUUGCGAUUGAGCCCGCCUUCUUGGACAAAUUCCCUGACAUCACCAAGCGUUUGAAGAGACCUGCUGUUGCCUUGGUCUCUACCAAUGGACCCUGGAUCACGUUCAUGAAGCUGAGACUGGACAGGGUUCUGGCAGAUAGCUAUGAAGCUGACUCACUAGGGGAAGCAUUGGCCUCAAAUCCCACUACACUGGAGUUUGACAAACCUGAUAACUGGUCAGCACCAUAUCCCAAGUAUGAAUAUGGCUGGUGGGAGGCUUUCUUGCCUGCACUAUCAACAGAGUCCAAAGUAUAGAGCCACUUUCUUAUAGUCAAGUUAUGUUUUUUUUUUGGCGCCCAGCUAGCGAGAAGAGUUGUCUUAACGAGUUUGUUGGUAAGUAGGAAUUGCAAAGCUUCAUCUCAGAUUGGAACUGAUAUGUACUCUUCUAGCAUUUAUAUUAGUUAGUAGAGGUGAGCUUUAGACGUGCGUAUUCUUCCAGAUCGAAAACUGCGUGCAAGUGAUUUUCAUGGGACAGAAGAAUUCAGAACCAAGUUGUGUUCUUAAGUCUGCUCUUGAGGUUGGGUCUCACUUAGAAAAGGACACACAGGCAGGUGGUAUAAGUUAUAACUACAAAUAUACUGUUUUAAGGUGUAAAAGAAAACACAACUAGAAGUAUCCCACGCACUAGCAUUACGAUUACAAAGCAGUAACUAAACGUAUUUUUCAGUAGAAAUUCAUCUAACUUGUAACAGAAGUAGAUGAGGGUGCAAUAGCUGGUAUGGUUCUUGUAACGUGGAUUACAAGCAACACAAGAGAUUGAGAAGUAAAAUAAGUAGAAAAGGCUUAAUGCUGCUUAUGUGCCUUGAGGGAAGAGAGUAUUGGGAAUUUGUGUAGGUACUUCUCAUCCAGAACUGCAUACUGCUUCUUAAUUUCUACCCAUGCCUUUUCGGCAUACGAAUCGACAGCAUCCUCAUUCUUCUCAUAAAGUAGUGGCACUGUUAACACCGACGCGAACACUGCACAGGGAAAGUCCUUUCGGUCGUCAGUCUUGGCACAAAUCACAUUUGCUGCUGCUGCUGCUGCUGCUUAUGAAAGGAAUGAUGCAGUAUCAUAAGAUGAUGUAAAAGAGGGAAGAAUGCUGACCAAGGUAAAACAGAGUCAGGAAACUGAACCAGCUGCCGAUUACAGAGAGAAGCCACAACGACACAAUCACCUGCAAGUGCAAUGCAUUUUGAAAAUAUCAGGAAAAAGGAAGGGUGACCUUGACGAACUUCUUCAAGUCCCUUCCGGAGGCAACAUCCCGGAAAGUUCUAACCACACAGUUGAGUUGAGCCCCGAGCAUGAGCAGAGUCGAGGUCAGGAAGCGCUCCGACACAUCAACCCUAGGGAAUUCAAUAGGCGACCUGCAAUAGGGCCGUGUGUAUUGCAGGUAGAUUAGAGACAGCGGGUAAUGAAAUUGAUGGAAGGGUGAUCAAGGGGUAGUUGUUGUUGUUCUUUGGUGUUCUUACACAUUGAUGAAGGCCGCUAGAUUGGCGCUGAGGAAGAGCGUGGCGAGGACGAGGAUGAGGGAGUGGCAAAGAAAGGUGACCAAAUGAUACCCUGUCCAUUCGAAGCACAGCCAUACGAAGGUAACGCCGCCGAAUAUGCUUCCCGACAACUGCUUGUUUCUCCACAGUAUUAGGUCCGCACCUGAUCCACGGUCCCGACAUCAAGAUUCGGAUCCGAAUCCAGAUUCCAUCAGGACAGCGUUUCAGUUAUGAUUGGGAAACCGCCCAAAAGAAGGAAGAAAGAAAGUAGGAAAGGCAGAGAGAGCAUUAGAGCGAGCAUACAUACGUUUGCCGGCGCCGAGGACGACGUGGAGAGGCUUCUGGCGGCCGAAGAGGCGGUGCUUGCCAACGGCGGAUUGAGACAUGAUGAUGUAGUUGUCGAUCUCGGAGUCGGAGGAGUUGGAAGACAUGUCGGAGGAGGCGGCGAGGUUGAUGUCAUGGUCCACGUAGCUAGCGUCGGCGGCGAUGGGAGGCGGCAACGGCGUCUGUUGUUUGGCGAUCACCUCCUGCAUCACCAACUCCGAACCAAGCUGAUCCAAUAUCGCGUCCGUCAUCCCUUCAGUCGAUCUCUAUUGUUUUUUUCCCCCUAUCUUAACUAUAGUUUUUUCUUCUCCCUCUCAACUUCCUUCUUUAUCCACGAUUCAGGUUUGAGCCAAAUUCACGUACGAACGAUGGAACAUGGCGGUUGUCGCAAAUGUCUUCUUCAGCCUCCUCUACCUCUGGCCCCUUUCCUCAAAACUGGAAGAAAAGUAGACAACUGAAAUCUUCAAACGCCAAAAGGCCAUGCACCGGAACUGGCGGUAGUUAUUAUACGAACCACCCUCAAUCUCGCAACUUGC